AUGGCGUCUAUGACACAUCAGAACGCUGAGCUCUUCCCUUUCUUGGACGCACAAAUGGCGCAGUUUCUUUGGGUACUCCCAUCGCCCGACCCGGAGCACAUACCCUCCCAACUAUCUUCUUUUGUCGCCAGCCCGGAGUUGACCGCGGGUCAACGGGCGCUCAGGCUCCGGGACGUCCUCUUUUCGGUAUUCCCUAAGCCAACGAUACACGGCUUCUGGGUCGAUGCCAUCAGUAGCCUCGUUCAGCUCGAGUAUGGGCCUUUUGAUCGCAGCCAGGUCUAUCGUUUCGACAAUGGAAUGCAGUUUCCGAAUCUUGAACCCAUCCCGGUCGACAUAUACGAAUUUUUCGUAGAUCCUUGUGAUACGUCUGAGGAACAGCUGUUGCGUUUUCGGUACCUUCUUACAACGGCUUUCCCGAGUGCCCUCCGCCGGCACGACAUGACUGAGAACAUCAUCAUGGCCUGUCUUGUCGUUAAGGACCUCAUAGAGGAAGAGUAUGGGUGGAUUGCGGAUAACGUCCCCCUCAAACAGAUAAAACUACCAGAGGAGAGGCAUCUUGUAGUCAUGGAGGACCUAAGGCCUGCACUAUGGAACGGAAACCAGGGCUAUACCAUCAGGAGAAAGAAGAAAAGGCGACGUUUGCCCUCUUGUGUCUCCAUGUCCUCGGCCGUUGCCCACCAGUCUACGCCCAAAGAGUACCGAACAGCCAACGACAUUCCACGCUUCUUCACCUCCAUCUCUACCCCUGAGAUAUCCGCGGCCCUCGAGAACUUACAUCUGAUCACCACGCCCGCCAACAGUCUAGCCAACCUUACGGACCCUCAGAACUAUCAACCUGCUGGUGCUGCCACGGCCACUACUUGGUCGACUUGGGCAUCGCCCUGCGUUGAUUUCCCCGCCGUGCAUCAGCCCCGCGCCAUCAGGGGCUCCUUCAUCUAUCCCACCCCAGACCUUUGGAGUAGUUCUGCUCCCUCCGCGUCUGAAAAUGCGAGGUCUUCCGUGCUUGGAAAGAGGAACACUGCUUCUCGCCCCAUCAUUAGGGAGGAGGUAAGGCGUAGAAGACCGCACUGGCUGUCAAGGGCUUUUGAGGACGCGGACGGCGACAUCGUACUGAAGGCAUAG